AUGGAAUACUACAGCUUAGACGACAUCCUGCUCGAUGAGCAGAGGAUACCGGUCAUAUUCAAGCACAGAAUACAGAACUUUGGAUUUCUUGGGUCUAGAACAAAGGUUGUUCCAGAAAACAAAAAGGUAGAUGCUCCAUACUUUCUGGUUGGCUUUCUCUUGAGAAACGGCCACUGCGAGCUGGACAAGGAGUUCCCAGAUGAGGCUCUACUGUAUGACAUCAGGGCAAAGCCCUCUGCAGUUGACCUGAGGUCUGUGUGUCCCUACUUCUUCUAUUUGUAUUCCAUCCUGCUUCGAGAGAAGGCCUUCUUGUCUGAGUUCUUCUACGAAAGAGUGGGAGACUACUCCUCUCUAGUUCUCAAGAGAGAAUUCUCUGAAGACGAUGUGUGGAAGCUUGACAUGAUAGAAAGAGGCCUUAUAGUGUGCAGCAGAAGAAUGUUCCAGAGAUUUUACUCCUUUUUUGUCACUGGGAAUGGCAAGAUGGUUAGGUGA